CUUCUGCUCCUCGCUCACAUUCUUCUCAUCCCACUCUCCUCGACCCACUCCGCGCAUCUGCUCGACCGAUCCACCGCGAUGUCUAGCUCCGGCGUCAAUGCCAUACCCGCAGCUAACCACGAGGAGCAGAGCCUGGCGGCACCCGCCCCGCCCCGUGCGGCCGAGGUCGCCCUAGGGAAAGGGAAGGUGCUUGCGCAACAGGCGCCUGCGCCGGUGGUUCGCAAGGGCAAGUCCGGGAGAGACCGGCAGAAAAGCCCGCCCCCAGCGGCCACCAGAGAGGAGAUAGAAUCCCGGGAGUCCCAGGAAGGCCCCUUGAAGGUGCUUGCGCUCCCGGCGCCAGGGGCCCCAUGUACUCACGCUGUCUCCGGCGACAAGAUGAUGAGACGCGCUCGCGCCCCCACCCUGCAUGCAAACGCUAUCUCCAACGACAAGAUGGUGAGCCGCGCUCGCGCCCCCACCCUGCAUGCAAACCCUGUCUCCGGUGGCAAGAUGAUGGAUGGGAACGAGAUGGCGCCAGUUCAGGGGGUGCCGCCCAUGCGGGGGAGCAUCGUGGCUUCAAGCUCGGUUGGUAAGUACUCCAUACUGUAUACUGAUACUGGACUGAAGCUCGUUAGCGCUUUCCAUGCUGGAUUUUUGGCAUCAUUAGUAUACUGA